GCGCUUGACCCGGCGGACGACGGCAAGGACGGAUUUGCGGGACGGGCGGGGGGUGGGGGAGCGGGGGGAAGGAGGGUGGGGGCGGGGGGGGGGGGGGGUGGAGCGGGCCGUACUGUUGGGGGGCGCUAUUGCCUGGUUCUGACUUUGUGCUCUAUCUACAAUGGGGCCCAAGAAAGGGAGGGGAGACCAGCCGUUUGUCCGUGUCAGUAAGGACAAACAGAGGGCGGCAGAGCUGAAGUUCUGCGGGUUCAAAUUGAUCACGAAGGGGCAAACGCUGCCGAGCUCCAAUGGGAAUUUCCUUAUGGAGUGCAAAUUGUGUGGCCAGGGGUUUCAGGGCAGUCAAACGAAGGCCGCUGCGCACUUCACGAUAAAGAACAAUUGUCCCAAAGUCUCUGUGGAGCAACUGGCGGAGAUUUGGAACAGGACGAACUAUACGUUCGAUCAGAGGCAUUGCCGGAAGAUCCUCGACUUCUUGAAGUCUCGUGGAUAUCGCGACAACAGAUGUACUUCAGGGAGGGAGCAGGCGGGGGAGGAGGAGAACGAGGACAGCGAGGACAAGAGGAGGGCGGUCGAGGGUCGAGAGGACGAUGAUGACAGCAAUAUGUCGGCCAUGGACGUGCGGAGAGAGGUGGAGCGCGCCAGGGGCAAGAUGAGGGGGGAGAAGGCCAUCGACGAGGACAGCACUCCGAGCGAGGACAACGACAAUCAGGACACGGACAUUGGAGCCUCUCUUGAUGGGGACCUGAUGGCCGGUGGCCGUCGAGGCCAAGAGGGGGCAGCCAGAGCGAUGAUGGAGGCAAGGGGAUCGAAGAAGCGAAAGAGGAAGGCAAAAAAUAAUGUCGCGGGGACUCCACCGGCACCCCCUCCGACGAAGAAGAGCAAGGUCCUUCGACAGACUUCCAUGGUCGAGGCCUUCAAUCCGGUCUGGCAACGUGAUUUUUCCAACUACUUCCUGCAGUGGUACUACGUGAGCACCAUUCCAUUCCAGGCGGCGAGGAGGCCAGAGUACCACGGAAUGAGGAAGCACUUGCUUGCGUGUUUGUCGUAUACACAUCCUGCGUUGCCCACGCACCGUGUGAUUUCGGGCGACGACAUCCCUGAGCAGCAGCGAGUUGUGGCGGAGUUGGUGGUGGCUGUCCGCAAGGACAUUGCGGCGACGGGAGCGACUAUCCUUACAGAUGGUCGCAAGUCCAUCACAAGUGACCAGAUAGCAGUGCCGGUCCCGAAACAACUGAGGCCGUGGUGGAGCGACGUGUUCGACAAGUUCGGUGUUGAAAAUGUCAACGCCAUUUGCACUAACUCCGUGUCGGCGUACGUGGCUGCUUCCAAGCUCGCGAAGGAGGAGGUCAAGUACAGCCGCAUCACUUGGCUUCCUUGUGCAGUCCAUCUCUGCAGCUUGUUGUUGUCAGACAUCGCGAAGGACGACACCAACAGAAAGAUUGGAAAGAGGGAGGACACCAUCAUCAGGGCUCGAGCGGUCUCGUGGGUCCUUACCAUGGUUGACAGGGUGGCAAGAGUGAGACUGAACAGGACGUCGAAGGAGGAGUUUCACAUCAUCGUUCAAGCUUGUCAGGCGCGGGUGGAUCAUAUGUUGGAGCCGGCACAGUGCAUGGCCCACCUCCUCAACCUGCACCACAUGAGCAUCUCGUUUUUCGGAGCAGCGAGGCGGAGCGAGCACGACAAGACACUGACUGAGGAGGCACUGCGAUACCUUCGCCGACAGACUGGCGAUGAUGAGGAUUUGCAUCAGACGUUGCGCACGCAGCUAGCGGAGUUCCAUAGUCGAGAGGGCGAUUGGACGUACGGAGGGGUUGAGGGUGACAAGGACGCAGCCUCCUGCAGAGGGAAGAAGGAGACGUCGCAAGUCGGAUAGGGAGGCAGCGGGCCGGGUGUUGGGGGUGCAGGGCACACAGGUGGUGCAGGCUGUACUGCUGGAGGACGGGCGAGGCGAGAGUCUGCAUCGUCCACUCGCACUGUACACUGGGAUGAUGAGGGUGCCGCGACAACAGAGGUUGCUGCUGCGUCGGCAGAGGUCACUGCCUCCCCUGCAGAGUUUAGUGAGGUUGCAGUCAAGUCUGCAGAGGUUGCUGCCGCAUCGGCAGAGGUUGCAGCCGAGUCUGUAGAGGUUGCUGCCGCGUCUGCAGAGGCUGUUGCAGCAUCAGCAGAGAUUGCAGCCGGGUCUGCAGAGGUUGGUGGCGCGGCUGCAGAGGUUGGGAGGGCAUCUGCACAGUUCGGUGCCAGUUUCAGCGACGACAUGUUUGGUGCUUCGUUGGGGCUUCCUCCGACGCCGGCAGGCGAGCGUGGUAGUGGUGGUGUGGACGCACAGGCUACACCCAUCAAUCAGAUCCUUAGAGUCGUGGGCAGCUCAGACUCGCUGAAGAAAGGACGGCGUUUAUACGGAAAUCAAAUUGAUCGGCACACAGCGGUCAUUCGGUUCAACAGCGCGCCAACCAUCGGGUAUGAGGAAUACGUUGGCACCAAGACUACCAUCAGGAUGCAGAAUCCAGAGAGAAUGGGAGGGGGUUACAAACAAGGUGGGGGUUACAACCAAGGUGGGGGCUAUAAUCAAGGAGGGGGUUACAACAGACAGUGGGGGGGUGGUUAUAGAGACCGAGAACGAGACCGUGAUGAUAAGCUGGAGAGGAUGUAUAGUUUGUUAUCAGAACAAGUGGAAGAGCGGGAACAGCGUAAGAGGGAAUUGGCCAAGCUUGAGUUGUUGGAGCAAGAAAAGAAGAAGUUGCAGGCUGAGGAAGAAAAAAGGCAGCAGGAGAAUAGAGAACGCGAACUGCAGGAGGCUAGGCUGGGAAAAAUUGUACGUACCAGCGUAAAGGCUGUUUGUGAAUCGGCCCUUGGAUGCAAAGUGGACAUAUCGGAGGACGAUGAUUGUGAAGUUGCAAAACUUCGAAGGGAGCUUGAGGAGCUACGGGUCAAAUCUUCUGAAGCUUCGAGUAACUCAAGGGAUAAUGACGGGCGUCUGGAGGCACUGCGAAAGGAGAAGGAAGCCCUACUGAAAGCCAAGCAUCAAGAAUCAGAGGAGGAACGAUUACGAAAGGAGAUCGCAGAUCUGAGAAGCCGCAGUGAGAAUGGGGCAUGUACAGACGGGAAGAAUGACAAAAUUUUGGCACUACAGUUGCAGAUCAAGGAGCUUAGUACAUUUCGCGUCACCUUGGAGGAGAAGAGCACCGAGGUUUCUGCCCUCAAGUCCGAGAACAAGCAUCUGAGGAAGGACGUCUCAGAACUUCGUGACGAAUUUCUCGUCUUACGAGGAAAGAGGUGUUUGGGCGCGAUCACGGAAAGCAGUCCUCCGGACGAACCUAUUGCAGUGAAGCCUCGUCCUGAUCCAUCCACCACAGCGAUGUAUACGCUGAAGGAUUUGGCUGUUUUGCAGAAGGCGUACAAGGAUGCUCUGAUGGCUAAGGAAAUGGCGCUUAAGGAGGCGCAUAUGCUCAAAGAUCGGAUGGCGAGAUUGGCGGCGUCAAAGAUUCGCCUAUCCACAAGGCGACAGUCUUCCAGAAGAACCACGCCACGCAACCUUCGGACGAGUUUUCAGGAUGCUGAGGAAAUCGUCGACCUCGAUGCUGCCAAGGAAAAUCAGGAAGGAGAGCGUCAAAGUGAUAAGAACACCGUGGAUGCUGCCCGCGAUGUUGAAGUGGCCAAGAUGGCUGCAUUCAGGGAUCUCAGAUUCAAGGAGCUCAGGCAAUUGAAAAAGCAGGAUAUGGAGGAGGCGUGUGCUAAGGAGGGAAUCAACUACAUCAAGCUGGAUCAGGCCAAAGCAGAUGUGGCUGAGAUCAGGGCUAGUUGUGAUUUUGAUUUGUGGCUUAAGGAGCAAGACGUUGCAGAUGAGGAGGAUCGUGAUCUGCACUACGCUACCUCUACGGAGGAUGAGGAGGGGGAGGAGGAGGAGGAGGAGAAAAUUCUGAACAUCAUGUAUUCCCAACUGGCAGGCUAUCAUGAGGGCGAUGAGAUUUGUCUGGUAAAGUCUUAUGGCAUUCAUUUCCCGGCGGGAUGCAGCUACAUCUCCAUAUCACCACAGUUUAACGAGUACGCAAAAUACCAUUGGGCAAUGUUCCGCAAAUCCAGUGCGCAGCUGAAACUUGUCCAUGGGAUCGAGCGUUCUAAGAUGUCGACCGGAUUUAUGGGCAUAGUGCUCGCACUCCAUGUCUGCAAGAAGGUGGACAUUUAUGGAUUCUCGCAAGGAACAGGUUACUACUACAAAAGAGGGAAAUCACGGUCGAUGAUAAUCUGGGAGAACAGGCAUCCGUGGAAGCUCGAGGGCAACUGUCUCAGCAAACUAUCUAGGCAUCCUGGCGUAAAGUGGCACAAUUAAAUUUUAAUUAAUUAACUAAUUAUUCAUAUUAAUAUUACUACUGAAUUAAAUUAUCAAGUGGCGGUACACUGUUAUGAACUCUUGAAG